AUGUCUUCGUUUAUCCCUUUAAAUUUCUUGGAGGAUACGGUUUCGAAAAAGGAUUUGGAGGAAGAACAUACACGAGAGUUACAAGUCGAACAAGCAUACAAAUUAUUUCAAUCUGCAUUAAAACUACAAAAGCAAAAACAAUAUGAAUCAGCUUACAAGGUAUAUGAAGAAUUGUUUAAAUUAGAUAUUGUUUCAAAUCACUACUUUGAAGAAUUGGACUUUAUACGCGGAUUGCAAGAUGGAUCUCAAAACACUGAUACUGAUGAAUUAACAUUAUUAUCCCCCAAUGUGAAGUCUUUGCGAUACUUAAUAUUUAGAAAUAGAGGGUUUUUAUACUUGGACAUGCUUAAGAGUAACACAGAGAACAAGUCUGCAGAAAAAGUAAAAGAGAUGUUUUACCCCUUGUUGGACGAUUUUUGUAUUGCCCUUUUGUACAAUGAACCUGACGAAAAGUUGUUGGAAACCUUACAUGAGAUAUUCAGUUAUAUUGGGUCAGAAAGGCUAUCACGAUUUGUCUUGGAAUAUUCCUUAACUUCUCGGAAAGAAAGUGACGAUUUGUCGGGAUUACUUCCUAUUGACCAAACCGUACUCUCACAGUAUAAGACAAUGCUAGAACACUUGCUGUCAGGAAAAUUUCCCAAACUUGAUUUAAAACAUCUACUGUUUUUAGAACCAAUAAGACUAGACAUCUUUGCUCAGCAAGAAAAACUAGCAAGCAAAAAAGUGGCCGUUAUUAAAAGCACAUCCACUAAAUGGGUAGAUCUACUCGAUGCCAUCAACAUACAUUUGAAAGAGAAUCAAGAUGAGAGCAAAAUUGAAGAUGCAAAUCGACCUAGAAUAAGAAUAUUUGAACCGUAUGUGUUGACAGAAGAGCCACUAGAUAUUGUCAGAAUAGAGUUCACAAAGAGGGGGGUGGCUGUACCUGCCACCGAAACUGAGGUGACUAAAGCACAGCCAGAACAGAUUGUUCAGGAAAGGAAACCAGAAGAAGAUAACAGAGUACAGAGAUCAUCUAAAAGAUUAUCAAAAGUCGAGGACGAGAUACCGGCUGUUACAUUAGAAAGUUCACAUUUCCUAAAUAUGGAUUAUUUUAGAAACCAAAUGAAUGAAACUAUCCCCAAUUUCGAGAUAUUUGAUGUUUGUCUGACAUAUGUGGAGGAUGGUUCAGGCGCACAAUAUAUAAAGGAUUUCAAGAAUAUAGUUUCUGAUUGGAAUGACUCUUAUGCCAGGGCGAUUUUGAGUUAUGAUACUGCAAAAUCAGAAGAUGACAAUUUAAAGCUAUUAGAUCUUCUAAGUGGAUAUGGAAAAAGUGAGGAAUUAAAGGAGAAAAAUAUCCCUCCACUUGGAGAAAUAGACAUAGAAUUUCCAGAGCUAAACUAUGUUGAAUUUAAAACCUAUAUCAUCAAACACUUGUUAUCUAAAAUUCUUACAACAAAAUGGAGUGAUAAAUUGUAUGAAAAAUUCACCGAGUGGAUAGUACAAUUUGAGGGAUAUAUCAUUAACGACAUAGAUGUGGAACUGGCAAUUGGUGUCUUGGAAGUGUUGGUAGAUAUAUCAACAAGUUUAGAGUCGCAGAUAAAAGACUCAAUAAAUAACAAAUUAAACAAGGCGGUUGUCAACUCAAUGUGUCAAGAUUUGUUAAGAAUCAAGGAUAAGAUUAUACGCUGGAUAAACUACAUUGAGACGUUUCCCAUCAAUGAUUUGCAGGUAGCUUCAAGAUUCAAAUGGUGUCAGAUUAUUAAGGAAAAAGCAGAAACCAAGUCGUGGACUGAAAACCAUCCCGUAAAACAUAAAUUGCAAAAGCUUUUAGGGGAUGCACAUUUUAAAAUCAAUUAUCCAAACUAUAAGAAUUUUAUUGAUUUUAGCAAAGACAGUAUUAACAGUCAGUUGACAAUCAUUUCGGUGCUUGCCAUUUUUUGGAGAAUUUUGAGUACAUCGUCCACAGAAGAUAAUAAGGAAGCAAUUCGAUUGUUAGAAGAUAUUCUCCUAGAUCUGAAUACAGAACCCAGUGAUGCUAUAUUAUCAAUUAGAAACUUUUUAAAGCAAGGUUCAAUUGAUAUGAAAUUAAGUUUAUGGAAUAUUCUUUUACUGUUUUACCAACUGAGCAAUUCAGGUGAUAAACUAACAGUAGGCUUUGAGGAGUGUGUUUUAUUUUUGAAUGAUUAUUUGGUUAAUGAGUACGUUCUAUUAGAUGAAGAGAGCAGACUUGUUACUUUGCUGAGAAUUUUGGGAUUUUACGGAAGUAGUAUUCUGUUUGUUGUCACUCUGCUUGCUAGUACUAACUGGAUAUUGAUGCACCCAAUCAAGGUCCAGACUUUGAGGCUAUUUUUUGAGUUAAGUUUGUUGUUUGAAAUUAAUGAAGAGGCUAGCUAUAUUUCAUCGCUAGCAACUUCUAUCAAGUCAAAGUCUACCAAAUCAUAUCAUCACUUGACUAAUACAUUAAUUAAAACAAUCAUAUUGAUCUUAGCGUCGAUACAGAAAUCUAAUCCACAAAUUCUACAUUCUGUAAUACGGUUAUUUCACACUCAGCUUGGUUUGAUUGGUAUAUGUGGCCAUGCUGGAGGAUCAUUCUUAGAAAUAGCCCAAGAGUACUUGAAGAGUUUACCAAACAGUGACCAAGAUAUUUGCCAAAUAAUUAAGUGCAAGUACCACUAUUCAAUCAGCAUUGAUGGAGUUGUGCCAGCAGAUCAUGGUACCGCAAGACUCGACGAGUUAAAUAAAAAUGACUGCAAAGAAUUGGCACUGUUUGUUUUGCCAUUAUGUUUCCUGAAAGGAGGAAGCACUCUAAACAAUGUUCCCAAGCAUGAUAUCAAAUUGUUGAUUGACGAAAUAUAUGAUGUGAUUGGUGAUCCAGACUUUGAUCUGAAUGAGGCUCUAGGGCGCAACAAAGCCACGCUAAACUAUUUUCUUGACAAUACACGAUUAACUAAAAGAUUAUUUCAAGAGGCAUUUCAUGGUUUGGUAAGAUUGGAAUUGGGAGAAGCUGAGGAGGAUAAACAAUUCAAUGGGUUGUAUUAUAUUGAAGGGUUGUUGUUGUUUUCGUCAUAUAAGCUAAGAAAGAAAAACAUGCAAAGUAGAGCUGUUGAGUUGGAAAGCGCCAUUUCACUAUUUGAAAAUGAUAUUAUAUGUGGUAGCAACAGGUUUGAGAGUUGGUUUCUUUUGGGACAAUCUUAUGGGUAUCUUGUGGAAGAUGAUUUGAUAUGGACAGCAGAUAAAUUGACGGCUUCAGAUCGGAAAAUUACUACAGCCAACUUGCAAAGAAAGUCAUUGAUAUGCUAUUUAAUGGCAAUUAACAAAUCACUUGAUGAAUCCAUUAAAGACGUGAUCAAACCGGUAGUGGGUAAUUUAAUGUCCUUGUUUGCCAAGGAGAUGUUUAGUGCUGUUUGUGAACCGAUGAGUAUGCACGCUUUUAAAGUGCAGUCACACCCGAGAUUUAUUAAUCGUGUUAACGGUGCUUUAUUUGAGCCAGUUUCACAGUUUCCUGCUGUUGAUAAAACUGUUUGUUUGAAAAUAAUACAACAAUCGUUACAAUUAUCAAUCAAAUCCAGUUGUCGUGAGUGGUCUGAUUAUUAUUAUUUGGCCAAAGUUCAAAGAAAGUUGGACAAACCUGCAGGUUUGGUUAUGGAAACAAUGGCUUCAGCGUGUCGGAGUGCAUUUAAAAACAAACAUGCGGACAAUAUUAUUGAGCCUCAUUAUAAUUUGGUUUCCUUUGCAUUGAAAUAUGUGAAAAGUAAUAGGCUUGAUUCGAAGGAUGCCUUGAAAUACUUGAUCGAAGAUCCGUUGAUUAAGCUUGAAGUAGGGGAAGAAACUGAUUUCAUAAAACUAAUCAUAAAGGCACUCAACAAAAUUGAUCUGUCAGAUAAGAAAAACUGGCAACACAAAGCAAAGUAUAGACUAGCCCGUUUGAUGCAAGAAGAGUAUCAUGAUGUGAAAGGAGCAAUAGAUCAAAUGUCAAGCUUUAUUUCGUUGAAAACUCCAAAUAAAGCACUUGUACUGAUAUGGAAACCGGAACCAGAAAGACCAGGAAAACACUUUUUGUAUACGUUCCAGUACAUUCAUUUUUACAUUGAGCUACUUAAGGAGAUUGAUGACCUCGAUAGUUUAGUUGCAAUGUUGCCGAAAUUGCGUCGUUCGAAUUCAGUGAUGAUAAAUUUAUCGAUUGCUUGGGAAAUAUUAUGUUCAUCGGUUUGUAAAAUCAUCAGAGAGUCUUAUGGUAUUGGUGACAAUUUUGAAUUUACCGAGAACUUGAUCAACACUUUGCCAUAUCAGACGUUCGCGGCUAAUGUCAAAUUGUUGCCAGAUAUGAUGCGUCGCCAAAGUGUACCAGAAAAUUUAAAGUCAGUCUUGUGUUUUUUGUUCACAGUUAAUGAUAUCAAAAAAUUGAAUAACGGGUAUGGCCCGACUUCUUUUAUUGAUGACACACUUGUGACGUUAUAUUUUAUGAUUUAUUUGAACUAUUUCGAAAAAUCGUCUACUGAGGUCACCACUGACUCGCCAGGUUUGAAAAAGAAAAUUGCCAAGCGUGAUAUCUUCCCAUUAACCAACGACAUUUUGAAGGCUUUUAAAAAGGACAUCGAGGACGUUACCAAACAGAAAUCGUAUAAUGAGUUGAUAACCGCCCAAAAGUUGAAACAAGGAUUAAAUGAAGAUAAACUGCUAGAAAAUGUGCCAGCAUCGGCUAAUGUUAAUGAGAUCAUUGUUAUUGAUGAUGAUGAUGACGACAAUUUGUCACAAGAGCCGGCUACAAAAAAGAGUAAAACUGAAUCAAAUAGUUAG